AUGGCGCCACAGGGGCUGGUAAUCUCGAAGCUCGGGGUACAAGCAUCUGCUUCGGGUACUGACGUGACAGGGCUCAUUGCUCUCAAGAUUUCGUUGCCGAAAGAUAUGGGGACCAAGUCUGGGGCGAGAUGGAUGAUUUUCAACUCCACAGCCACGCCCCCUGCCAUCACUUCUCGACCAUCGAUCCACCCUCUACCCCUACCCCUCCCUCUAUCCUCCUCCUCUCGAGAACUAUCUACAGCUUGCAACCUCCUAUCCAUUCAGCCAGCUCCCCUAUACCCACCUUCACCUCAAGGAGGUACUGAACCUUAUAUCGACGUGUCGAGCACGACGGGCAAGGUGUAUGUCGUGGUCGACCCAGCGAGCGGAGCGGCCAAGCAGCGGAGAGGAAGCUUCAAGGGAAAGGGGGCGGAAGAUGGCAGGCGUGAUUGGCUGGUCAUACUACCCUUCUCGCAGCCGCUCGAAAAGGAGGAAGACGGGCUGUCGAAAGUGUUGUUGCCGCUUCCGAAAUGUCUGGACAAUGUCAUCCGCUUCCGGAUACUUUCCCCUGAUGGAGGACAGAAGGAACUGCUGGCGCUUCCGGAAGGGACUUUUGGAGAGGAAGGAGAUGAGACUUUUGAUACAGUGGACGAAGAUGAGGGAUCGAGCUGGCUGGAAGGGAGAUUCCAGAGUACGGACGCUCUUCGCCUCGAAUGGUCAUUCACGCCUUCUCUUAUAGACCCUACGACACCCUCUCUCUUCAUCGCCCCAACCCUCCAUCCCUACCCGCAAAUAGCACUCCAGUUCUCCGCCUGCGCCUCCACACCCGAAUCUAUAACUUCACUAGAGGCUCAUAUCCCUGCAGGAUGGGUCUGGGAGACUCUGGAGAUCGAAGGGGAUGGACUGGCAUAUUGGAGAGGCAUCGAUAACGACUGGGGCACCGUAGACGACGAAGAAGACACCCUCGACUACUCCCAAGACGACUCCUUCGCCACAGUCCGCACCACCAAACCCCGCCCGACUUUACCACCCUCCCUCCGGCCGGCGGGGAACACGUACUUGCCCCCGCCGGCGUCGGGCUCGUCGGUGAGCUUGAUGAGGCAGACGUUGCCGACGGCGGAGGAACUGGGGGAGUUUAGUUUUGAGAUGAGUGGGGAGCAGAGUCCGGUGCCGAAGCGGCCCAAUACGCCUCUCGGUGCCGUGGGCUCGCCGGCGCCGAGCACGCCGGGCGGGAAGAGUCGGCUUAUGGCUUCUGCCGGAAGAGAAGGAGAUGGAGAACCGAUAGCAAGGGGGGGAAGGUUGUUUGAUUUGUACUGGCAAGCGGGCAACGAAGAGCGGGCGUUUGUUUUGACGGGGGUACUCGUACCAGAACCUCUCACGCUUGUACCAGCUACCCUCCCCCAGCCUGUUCCAUUGUUCACCUUUCUCUCCCCAUCCCCUCCAUCGACAUACAACAUCCGAUGCCCUCACGCUUCUUAUUCUUCUUCCCAAAUACCCGUGUCGACGUCGGAUUCUCAGCUCGUUUCUUUGAGCGGCCAAACAGCUGGAACCUUUGCGUGGCAUGACGGGGCUCAACUCUCAGCACUCCGAGCUCGAGAAGCCAAAACGAAAGUCGGCGACGUCAAGAUCCGCCUUCAACGGGACGUUUGGGGUAUGUUGAGAAUGAACGUCCUCUUCUCCCUCUUUUCCCGGCAAGAACAGAGGGGGUUCCGCCUUUCUGCUACUGAUGCCGAUAGAACGAGGAUUGUCAGGGCGUCAGUAGACGGGCUCGCUGUGCCUAGGUGUAUACUGCCUUCUUCGGAAGGGGUGGAGGUCAGGAUAGGGAGGAAGGAAGGUGGUGGACGGGGUGAGGGUGGGGGUUUGGCGGAGAUUGUACUUGAGAUUGGAGGAGGUGGGACAGAGGUGGGGUUGCCCGUGUUCGAGGGGGAAGGGGAGGGGAGAGUUGAGCUGAUCGGGGAAGGGUGGAAAGGCGUUCAAUUCACAAAGGCGAAAUCCCUCAACGCACUCUCAGCAGCGACCUUUGCAUACCCCAUCUCCACCCUCAAUCCACCAACCAUCACCCUUUCCCCUCCUCCAUCAACAUCAACACUAUCCUCCUCCCCUCUCCGCACCCUCUUCUCCCUAUCCACACUCUACCACCUCUUUAUCCUCUGGCUUCUCCUCUCCAUGGGUUCCCAGGUCCAAAGACUGCGGAAUGAAGUUGCCUUUGUCGCGGGGGAAGCAAGAGAUCUGAGAGGUGGAUAUGGGUGGUAUACAGGUACUGGGGAGGAAAGGAAAGAGGGGGAGAGGGUGGAAUUGGAGGGGUGGAGGGAGGGCGAUGUUGGGGAUGCGGGUGCGAGGAUAGCAUCCGACCCUUCCCUUUCUUCACCUUCUUCACCUUCCUCUCCCGAAAAGCUCCCCUCUCCUCCAACGGAUAUAUUCGCUCCCGCGCCGGCACCCAUAUCAGUCAGGGUAUGGCAGGAGUGGCCAAAGAGGUUGGGCAGACAUCCGACGGUGAGGACGUUGGGGAAGGGGGUGAAGUGGAUUUGGGAGGCGGUUGUGUGGUUGGUCUUGCCAUCUGGGGCCUGAUUGUGGGGAAUGGACUUCUAUACGCUUGUUUUCAUUUGUUUUCCUUGGGGAUGCUAUACUAGUGCCAUCUUGGGACUUUG